GGUCAAACACCACCUUCCGCGAACAUCUGUGAAGCUCGAGCGGGACCAGUGGAGGACUACAAAGACCUCUCUCGGUCCUCUCUCUCUCUCUCUCUCUCUCUCUCUCUCGCUACACUCAUGUUUAUUUAUUGGUUUCCCCAUGUGGAUAUGGAAUUCGUAGUGCUUAUUUGACUGACAGUUGUUCGUUCCCAAACUGAGGUCGAGACUCACCAACGCCUUUCCAGCUUCGAUCUCAGUACCAAACAACCAGCUUUUUCUUACCCCGUUACCAUCAGUAGUAAUAUCAUCGCCAGUUCGGAGCUCCACUACUCUCCGGAGUUUCGGGGCUCUGAAAUGUCACCGUCUCAGCUGGGGACUGAAGCUCCGGUAAACUGCGGGGCUGACUCUCCGAAUUGCGAGUCGAGUGCCGUGACCAAGGUGCAGAAGGUUUACCGGAGUUACCGUACCAGGCGUUUGUUAGCGGAUUCCGCCGUAAUAGCCGAAGAGCUGUGGUGGCAGUUAACCGAUUAUGCUCGAUUGAACCACAGUACUAUCUCCUUCUUCAAUUUUUCAAAACCAGAGACGGCUGCGUCGCGGUGGAAUCGAAUCAGCUUGAAUGCUUCCAAGGUGGGUCAAGGUUUGUCCAAAGACGCCAAAGCACAAAAGUUGGCUUUCGACCACUGGAUUGAAGCUAUUGAUGCAAGGCAUCGAUAUGGACAUUGCUUGCAUGAGUAUUACGAAGAGUGGUGUAGAUCAGAUGCUGGUCAGCCCUUCUUCUACUGGUUGGAUGUUGGAGAUGGCAAAGAGGUUGAUCUCAAGGAUUGCCCAAGAUCUAAGCUUCGGGAGCAAUGCAUCAAGUACCUCGGACCACAAGAGAGAGAACAGUAUGAGUACCUUGUUGCGGAGGGGAAAAUAGUGCACAAAGAAAGUGGAAAUUCUCUUGAUACAAGCAAGGGAUUGCCAGGGGCAAAAUGGAUUUUUGUGCUGAGCACCACCAAGAAACUUUAUGCUGGCCAGAAAAAGAAAGGAGUUUUUCAUCAUUCCAGCUUCCUUGCUGGAGGAGCUACUUUAGCUGCUGGAAGGCUUGAGGCAGAGGAAGGAAUUCUUAAGUCUAUAUCGCCGUACAGUGGACAUUACCGGCCGACUGAAGACAGCCUUGGUGGAUUUUUAACAUUUCUCAAGGAAAACGGAGUGAAUAUCAGUGCAGUUGAGAUACGCAAGGCAAACGAGGACUAUGACAACUCCGAAGGGAGCAAAUCCAGUAGAGAAGAAAUCGCAACUGAGCUUCCAACAGAUUCAAAAUCCGCUCAGGUUGAUCCUUCUAUUGAAAAAGAAGCAACCUCGGAACCAACUGAAACUCCCCAAACUGAGACCAAAAGCAAUUACUCGAGGACUUUAUCAGGAGGCCUCCAGAGCCCAAGAGCAGUGGUGCCCAAGAAAGCUAUAUUGGAAAGAAUUAAUUCCAAGAAGGCAGCCAGUUCAUAUCAGUUAGGUCAUCAGCUCUCUCGGAAAUGGUCGACCGGUGCUGGUCCAAGAAUUGGUUGUGUUGCUGACUAUCCAGUAGAGUUGCGAUUACAAGCGCUUGAGUGUGUGAAUCUCUCUCCGAGAACUCCUCCAACGCCAUCACGUUACCGGCGGAUGGAUGAGCUCGCUUCCCCUACAGCUUGUCCUGCAUCCACUAACUGAAUCUGGAUGUUAUUCCCCCUCCCAACUUCUGAUUAAUGCUUCAUGCUCAGGCUUUUAGUGGAUCUAAAUUCAUAGUCUGUGAAUGUGGAUUGAGACUUUUUAGGAUUUAAGCUAUCUUCGUCUUAAUUUCGUCUCUUCACUCGUUUCAAAA